AUGUUAACUAGGUUAAUUAUAUUAAGAUUAUUCUCCAAAUUUAUUAUGUAUUUCAUUUUGAAUAUAGGUUUGAUGGAGAUUCUGGGAGGAGUGUUGAAGUGUAUACUCGAGUUAUGGGAUAAGUUGUCUGGGCUAUUUCUAAAGUUUAUGACGCUGGUGUCGAAGCAUUUGAGUGUGAUUAAGCUCGAGUAUGUGGUUCAUUACAUGGAUACAAUGAGACUAGUGUUACAAGGCAAAAAUGAUUUCACACCGCUGAUUAACUUUUUACUAAAUUGUACUAUUGCUGAUACCGACAGUGGAGUUGGAAAUGUGUGGAAUAAUGGUGAAGUUGAUAAGGAUACACUAGAAACUGUUGGUGAUGGGGAAAAAAGAGUAUCGAAUGGAGUGUUUUAUGAUGAAAUAAAACAGCUGAAGCUGUUCCAAGUGCUGUUGCAAGAGAAUAUAAGGAUUGAUGAGCAAGUGUUGUCAAAGAAGAUGAAAUUUUUGUUGAAAGAUUUAGGAUCAAAGUCAUUUAAGGUGAGAAAUGAGAUUUACACAAUUGUGGCAUUUGUAAGAUUCUUUUAUGGAAUGAAAUUAGAAGUACCAGAUGACCCAGUAUUCGUUACAACAUACUAUAAGGUGAACUUGUAUAACUUAGAUGUGGAGGGAAUAUCAGGACAUAUUAAUACAAUACAAAACGAGAAGCUGACGAAUGAUAUAUAUAACGUUAUAUCACAUGUUCCAAGGCAUAAAAUACACUAUGUAGUGAAACAACUAGUGAAAAACAUUGAUAAUAAAAGACUAAAACUACUGGAUAUGAUCUUCUUCAACAACGUUUUCUAUAUAGUUAAUACAAAGACAAUAAAACUACUUUUCAACAGUUACAUCAAUAAGCUGAACGCAAAGUCUAACUUAACAAACGUUAUUUCAUCACUAAAUGAUGAAACACUAAAUAGAAUAAUUGCGAAAAUUGAUAAAACCCUUAACAAUAUUGAUGUCAUCAUCUGUAUCAUAAAUAGUAUCAAGUACAAUAUACCGAAAUGGCUGCCAAACCUCUUAUUAUCACUGGUAAUUACAAACAUCUUAUUCACACAAUUAUUAAUUAUAUAA